AUGGAGUGGAUUCGAUAUCUUGGUGUCUACUCUGACAACAGCAAGGACGUCAACAAGCUCACACGAAUCAUAAGUCCCAAGCAGGCAAUUUGGAAAUAUGGUUCACAACUGCCUGAUUUGUGGACUAAGUACUAUGAUGACUAUAUCCAAAAAGUCUGGACUUGCUAUAGCGGCGAUCGGCGGUCUAUGAUUGAUAGUCAAGAUCCUGACCGUAAAAUGGGAAUUGUUGCAUGUGGGAUUGAUGCCGACGGUCUGCUGUGUGUCUCUGAUAGUAAUAACCAGGAAAUCUGGAGGAUAGGAGGGAAACCCACGACUGAGGAUAUUUUCAAGGACGACAGUGGUCCCUUUAAACGAUACGAUACUUGUCCAACGUGGAAAAAUAACGUGUGUCAUAACCUGGUAGCAGCAUUCGUUCGAUCACGUUCAACUGUGAUUUUCAGCCAGCGACCUAUGACAAGUCAAGAGGACAAGGCUUCUGGCUCUUUAUCAAUUAACACGGAGACAGCAGACAAAUUUUCCCUAGUAUUGUUGUUGGUAGACCAUAAUGUCGAUCAGGGAUAUCACGAACAGAAGCAUCGAAAGUAUCUGCCCAGGUGGUCAAGGAAUCGGCUUAUUAGGGAGGGUUUGGGUGAUCUUGGCCUAUUUGCCUUUGAACCUUUUGAAUUGGUUGAUAGAAAAUUGAUUAUUCUGUUUGCUUUGGGAUUGUCGCAUUCUUCGAUUAGCAUGAAAGCGUUUAUGAGCCAUGAAGCAGUUUUCUUGAGACCAUUCCACGUAACUGCACUGAGAUGCAUUCUCGAAAUCAGCGUCCUGCUCGAUCCGACUGGCACAAGGACCGAGUUUCAGGGGUCUGUUGGAUGUGGAGGGUUCGAAGGGAUUGAAUGCUCUUCAGAGAGAACGAAAUACCUUCAACAUAUGGAUCUCUCAGUUACAUUCAAGGUAGCUCUACAUGAGUUAUUUGGACAUGGAACGGGGAAGCUGCUCUCCGAAUUGAGCCCUGACGAGUACAACUUUGAUAUCAAAUGUCCACCGGUGAAUCCCCUUACGGGCAAACCAAUCGAUACCCGGCGUAGGGGAGGAUAA